CGUAGCAGCUCCUCCUGUUGAACGAGCCCCCCAACUGCUUAGCUUCUGUAGUGAGUACUCUAGAAACACCACCUGACACAAGGGGUCACUCCUGGGCAGUGGUGGUCAGAGGUGAAGUCUGUGGUCUGUGGCUCAAAGUCAGAGUGAUGUCAGAGAUUUCCCCAGCGGAUGGGUUUGAGUUACAGUGAGUACAGCCUUGUCCGGGUCAUAGCUGCCCUGACCAUGUUCCUCCAUCUCUAAUAACUAAGGGAGUAGACAGAGCUUCACUUUUUUUUUUUUUUAAACCAGGAACCCUAGCCAGAGAAGGAAAGGUGGGUGCCCAUGGGGCAGGGCAAAGAUGCAAAGCCUGGGGGUUUCCGGUGUGCUGAGUCAACCAGGGAGGAAGAACCCACCAGCUGGGCGAGGGCUGCAGUGGAGCUGCAGGUGCUGGUCCCUUAGGCAGCCCCCAGAGCUCAUCUCUCCUGUCCCCAGGUCUCCCUUCCCUGUUUACAGGAUGAGGCCACCAGUGCCUUUAGCCCCACUAGCCCUCUGGGUCCUGGGGUGCUUCUCCCUGCUCCUCUGGCUGUGGGCACUGUGCACAGCCUGCCACAGGAAGCGGGCUCAGAGGCAACAAACUGGGCUGCAGGGCAGUUUGAUACCAGUGGAAAUGUCACUACUGAGACAGGCCCACAUCCGCUCCCUCAGCAAGUCUGACACCAGAUUGCAUGAGCUUCGCCCAGGCCUACGCUGCAGCAUAGCCCCACGGCCUGCUAGCAUGGAUCUCCUACAUCCACACUGGCUGGAGGUAUCCAGGGGCAGCACCAGGUCUCAGGUAAUCCCCUCUGCCUUCCCACCUCGGCAGCUGCCCAGGGCCCCUCCUGCUGCCCCUGCAACUAGCCCUGAGGCCACUUACUCCAAUGUUGGACUGGCUGCAAUUCCCAGGGCCAGCCUGGCUGCCAGCCCUGUGGUGUGGGCUGGAACACAGCUGACCAUUAGCUGUGCCAAGCUUGGGCCUGGGGCCGAGUAUGCCUGCAUCCAGAAGCGCAAAGAGACAGAACAGGGCUACCACGAAUUGCAGGAGAAGGCUAAGGUGAUCCCAGCUACUCAGAUGGAUCUCCUGUACUCCAGGGUCUGCAAGCCUAAAAGGAGAGACCCAAGACCUGGCACAGAUCAGCCGGAUCCCCAGGGUGGGAGAGGAAUUGUGGCCCUUGGGAGUGAUGUGGAAUAUGAGGCCAUCACUCUCAGGGGCCGGGAUAUGAACCAUGAUCCCUUAGAAAAUGUGUAUGAAAGCAUCAGGGAGAUGGGCCCCUGAGCAUCUGCGCCUCACAUCCUGUUUAUUAACACGCGUUGACACAGUAAGGGUACCAAGGUUUGAUUGCAGAUCCUCCUGUGUCCUUCCACCCCCCACAGCUCACAGCACAAAUUUCAGGUCCAGUCCUUGUGGCCUAAUUAAA